AAGCCUCAUUCGCAUCGCAACGUAAACAAAGACACUCGUUUUAGUUAAUUUCGCCGAAGCUCGUGGAGUAAUUUACAAUUUUCAACCAAAAUGUCGUUUGAUUCUAUCCCAAAAGAUCUUCGUGGUUUGCGAGCUUGUUUGGUAUGCUCUCUAGUGAAGACUUUCGAUCAAUUUGAAUAUGACGGGUGCGAGAACUGUGAAGAUUUUCUUCGAAUGAAGAACAACAAGGACCAAGUGUAUGAUUGCACUAGCAACAACUUUGACGGGUUAAUCGCUGUUAUGAGCCCAGAUGACAGCUGGGUAUGCAAGUGGCAAAGAAUCAAUCGUUUCACGAAAGGUAUCUACGCUAUAUCGGUGUCGGGGCGACUGCCUAACGGCAUUGUUAGAGAUAUGAAAAACAGAGGUAUCCCUUACCGACCAAGGGACACAAGUCAACGGUAACUUGUGCUAAAGAAUUUUAAACUUUAUUUGGAAUAUACUAUUAAAUGAUGUAA